AUGGCUAAGAUCGCCAUCAUCUACUACUCCACCUGGGGCCACGUUGCCAAGCUGGCGGCCUCUGAGAAGAAGGGCAUUGAAGCUGCCGGUGGAAGUGUCGAUGUCUACCAAAUUAAAGAGACUCUCCCCGCCGAAGUCCUGAAGAAGAUGUAUGCCCCAGAGCAAGAUGCUUCCAUCCCUAUCGCAACCCCAGAUAUCCUCACAAAAUACGAUGCCUUCCUGUUCGGUGUGCCCACCCGCUAUGCCAACUACAGCGCUCAGUGGAAAACCUUCAUCGACCACCUUGGUGGCUUGUGGCAAUCCGGCGCUCUCUAUGGCAAAUACUUCGGUCUCUUCGUCUCCACCGGCACUAUGGGUGGUGGCCAGGAAGCGACCGCCCUCCAAGCUCUCAGCUCAUGGGUCCACCAGGGCAUGAUCUACGUCCCUCUGGGCUACGCCAAGGCCUUCCCCAUCCUCGCCGACCUGUCUGAGGUCCGCGGUGGCUCCCCUUGGGGUGCUGGCACCUUCUCUGGCGCCGAUGGCUCCAGACAGCCCACCCCCAAGGAGCUAGAGUUGGCCGAGAUCCAAGGCAAGAGCUUCUACGAGCUAGUCAGCAGAGUCAAAUUUGAGUGA